UGCGAACAGUAUCCCUGAGAUGGCGAACGGUCUCCCAGAAAUCCAGUACUACGAGCACGAGCUCAACAUCCGCCGGGUGAUCGAGCAGUCCGACCUGCAGGGUCUGGAUCAGGCCCUCAACAUCUGCGAUCUGUCCAGCGUGGAAAGGAAGCAUCGCCUCUGGCAGAAGCUUCUGCCCAGGAUUAAGCCCUUCUACGCCGUCAAGUGCAACGACGAUCCCGUGGUGGUCAAGUUGCUGGCGGAGCUGGGAGCCGGGUUCGAUUGCGCCUCAAAAAAUGAACUCAAACUGGUCCUAGGCUUUGAUGUCUCACCAGAGCGCAUUAUCUUUGCCAAUCCCUGUCGACCUGUCAGCCAUCUGGAAUACGCCAGGGAGAAGGAGGUGGCCAAUGGCACGGUGGAUAACGAGUUCGAGGUGUACAAGCUGCACCAGCACUAUCCCGACUCCAACCUUAUUGUGAGAUUCAAAAGCGAGGCCAAGGAGGCGCAGUGUCCGCUGGGCGACAAGUUCGGCUGCGAUGCGGAUGUGGAUGCUGCGGCCCUAAUGCUGCUGGCCAAGUCCUUGGAUCUGAAGGUGACCGGCACCAGUUUCCAUGUGGGCUCCGGAUGCAGCGAACUGGAGGCCUACGAUCGGGCCAUCAAGAAGGCCAAGAACCUCUUCAAGUUGGGCGGGCUGCUGGGCUAUGACAUGGACUUUUUGGACAUAGGCGGCGGCUUUCCCGGCAGCGAUGAUGGAAAGUUUAAGAGGAUAGCCGAAAGUGUUAACACCUCGGUGCAGCGCCACUUUCCCGAUGAGCGGGUGCAAAUAAUUGCCGAGCCAGGACGUUUCUUUGUAGCGGCUGCCUUCACAUUGGUCUGCAAGAUUCAUGCCAAGCGGGAGAUUCGCAAUGAAGCUGGCAAGCUGGACACCGUGAUGUACUACCUAAAUGAUGGCGUCUAUGGAUCCUUCAACUGCAUUCUGUACGACCAUCAAGUGGUGACUGCGGAGCAUUAUCUAGACGAAGCGGAUGCAUUGCCCCAGUUGAAGUCUCUGAUUUGGGGACCAAGUUGUGACGCAUUUGACAAGAUAUCAGAGGACCUGUUCUUGCCCAACCUGAACCGAGGCGAUCUUUUAGGAUUUCGAAACAUGGGAGCCUAUACAAUGCCCAUUGCAAGUCCAUUUAAUGGAUUCGAUGUCCCAAAGACUCUGUACUUCCGAGCGAUAUGACUAAACCGUUUGUUGAAACCAAUAAAAGCAACACUGGCUUGCACUUCUUUCCAGCAUGAAAGCU